GCGGAGGGCGGGGCGGGGCGGCGGGUCCGCCCUGAGGGACGGGCUCUCCAGGCCAGGAAGACCUCUAACCAAGGCCCCUCCACCCGCAGAGUUGAAGAAUGGAUUCACCGAGGUUGAACAAACUUAUGGCUCUUCUGUGGAAGAAUUUUAUUUUAAAGCGCCGGCAGUGCUGUGCUCUGGUUGCCGAGCUCUUCCUGGUGGUCCUGCUUGUGGGCAUACUUCUGGUAAUGCGCAGGAUGGCGCCUGUCAGGAAGAGUGGGCCCUUCAAUUACUCUCAGCAGCCUGUUGAUCAAAAUUUGCCUGCAUACAUCAAAGAAGUCCCUUCUAAGAUGUGGGAAAUGGCUUUUGUACCUUCCAAAAGUGUUGUGGUGAAGGAUAUCGUUGAAACUGUGAAAAGAGAUUUGCAGUACAAUUUUAAAGUUCAAGGUUUUCCUAGAGAAAGAGAUUUUGAAGAUUAUCUUAUGCAAGAUAAUAACUCUGAAAGAGUGAUGGUUGCUUUUGUUUUUGACCAUGAGUUCGAAAAUAGCUAUGAUCCUCUGCCACUUAAGGUAAAAUAUUAUUUGCGUUUUAGUUCUCAGAGGAACAACUAUUCGGAGACAUCCCAACCUAAAAGAUGGAAAACAGAUACUCUCUUUCCAAAGCAUUCUUUCGCAGGACCCAGAAAUGAACUAGACCCAACGGGGGGGAGUCCUGGGUACAUCUCUGAAGGGUUCCUGCUUAUGCAACACGCCUUGGAUAAGGCCAUCAUGAAAUACCAUAAUCGCAAGACUGCAGAACAGUUGUUUAAAAAUGUCCAUGUAUUUGUUCAGAGAUUUCCAUACCCAAAAUAUGAUGAUGAUAGUUUCUAUAAAAUAUUUUUUUAUCUCGGCCCUUCAUUAAUCAUAGCUCUCUUCUUUGUGAAUUAUAUUACCAUCAUUCAGUCUGUUGUGUGGGAAAAGGAAAACCGAUUGAAGGAGUACCAGCUCAUGAUAGGAGUCAGCGAUUGGAUGCUCUGGGCUGCCUAUUUCAUCACGUUUCUCAUUUUGUACAUCAUUCUCAUCUGUUUGAUAUGCCUGGUUUUCUUUAUAAAGCUGGAACCUGCAGCGAUCCUCCAGCACAGUGACCUGACCCUUGUUUUUGUCUUCUUGCUGUGUUUCGCCAUCUCCACAAUCCUCUUCAGCUUUAUGGUCUGCACGUUUUUCAGUAAAGUAUACUUUGCUUCAUCCGUUGGAAGCAUAAUUUACGGUCUCAGCUACCUUCCAGCUAUUUGGAUCUCUUCAAGUUUUGCAGAGAUGACACUCUUGGAGAAGCUGGCUUUUUUCCUCUUCUCAAACACUGCAAUGGCAAUUGGAAACAAUUACCUUAUCGAGGCAGAAAUAGACAAAGUUGGAAUUAAAUGGACUAACAUCUUCUCACCAAACACGGUGGAUGACUUUAUCUUUGCCUAUAUACUGGGAGUACUUUUACUGGAUGCUGUCCUGUACGGCUUUGUGGGUUGGUACGUAGACGCUGUCUUUCCCGGAGAGUAUGGUGUGCCCAAGCCAUGGAACUUCUUUUUGCUGCACUCUUAUUGGUUUGGGGAAAAAACAAAGAAAACAAAUGGAACAAAGAAAUUUUAUGAGAAAAUUGAAAGCAAGUAUUUUGAAGUUGAACCUACUGGUUUGGUGGCGGGUAUCCAGAUCCAACAUUUGUUCAAGGAAUUCCGAGUGUACAACACUACCAAGCUAGCUGUAAAAGACUUGUCUUUGAAUUUAUAUGAGGGGCAGAUCACUGUUCUUCUAGGACCUAAUGGGGCAGGAAAAUCUACUACUCUAGCUGUUCUCUCAGGUCUUUAUCCUGCUACCAGUGGAGAGGCCUAUGUUAAUGGAUAUUCCAUCUCGAAGCACAUGGUCCAGAUCAGGGAGAGCUUGGGCCUGUGUCCCCAGCAGGACUUGUUGUUUAACUACUUGACAGUAGCAGAACACCUUCAUUUCUAUUGCGUGAUGAAAGGAAUCCCUCGAAAGAUGCACGCUAAGGAAAUUGACCCUAUGCUGUCUGCUUUAAACCUUGAGGAAAAGCGAAAUACAUUUUCAGUGUCACUGAGUGGAGGGAUGAAGCGCAAACUCUCCAUCAGUAUAGCACUCAUAGGGGACUCCAAGGUGGUGAUACUUGAUGAGCCCACAGCUGGCAUGGACCCUACCUCGCGAAUGGCCACCUGGGACCUCCUCCAGCAGUAUAAGCAGGGCCGGACAGUCCUACUGACCACCCACUACAUGGAUGAAGCUGACAUCCUGGGCGACCGCAUUGCCAUCAUGGUGAAGGGAUCCUUGCGAUGCUGUGGUUCUCCACUUUUCCUCAAAAAAAUAUAUGGUGUGGGAUACCACUUAGUCAUAGUGAAGGAACCUCAUUGUAAUGUUGAAGAAAUCUCAAAAUUGAUAAAUUAUCAUAUACCAUCGGCCACUUUGGAGAAGAGUGUUUUGAAUGAAGUAUAUUUUAUUCUACCCAAAGACUACACACACAGGUUUGAAGCUUUGUUUACUGAUCUGGAAAGGAGACGGGCAGAGCUGGGCAUUUCUAGCUUUGGUGCCUCUGUCACUACCAUUGAAGAAGUCUUCUUUAGGGUCAUUAAUAUGGAAGAUUCACAAACAGACAUUGCAUCUGCCCAACCUCAGCAUCUCUCUCAGAUGAGUGAAGCAUCAGUCAAGAACCAAAAUAGGAAUAUGUCAAGAAAUGAGGGAGCAGAUUCGUUCACUGUGAAUGAAAGACCUGCUGUUAUGUUUAAUACUGGGUGUUCCCUCUACUACCAGCAGUUCUGGGCCAUGUUCAUAAAAAGGGCAAUAUUCAAUUGGCGCAACAAGGAACUAAUUAUUCUGCAGAUACUUCCACUUCUAGCAUCAUUUUUCCUUUUGUCAAGGAAUAUUUUGUAUACACGUAGUAAUGAUGAUGAGACGUCUAGACUAAUGAAUUUGAAUCAAUAUGGUCAAACCAUUGUGCCUUUGUCAAUUUCUGGGAAUUCUAAUUUGACUCCGAUUUUUUUAAAGCAUCUUAAAAGUAUGCUAGAGCCCGACAAGCACACACUUAAGGAAGUGCAAGGUGACCUACUAAAAUAUUUGAUGGAAAAUGAAGAUUGUAUUCACUUAUGCAUCGUUGCAUUUUCCAUUGAGGUGGAGAAAGAUAAAAUAACAUUUACUGGUCUGUUCAACAAUAAAGCAUACCACUCACCAUCCCUGUCCUUGGCAAUGCUAGACAAUAUUCUUUUCAUGUCAACUUCUGGCCCCGAUGCUUCCGUAACAGUCAUCAAUAAACCUCAGCCAAACUCUGCUUAUGAGAAACGCAAAUCAAUGCUUUCAGAUGGAGAUGAAGUGGCCGACAAUUUACAUUUUGGGAUGGCAUUUUUGCUCAGUGGCUUUUGUAUCCUGACAGUGACUGAGAGAAUCACUAAGGCAAAGCACAUCCAAUUUCUGAGUGGUGUCCAUGUCCUUGUAUACUGGCUUUCUACUCUACUGUUGGAUCUCAUCAUCUUCUUCAUUGCCUGCUGCCUACUGCUGUAUGUGUUCAAGUUAUGCAAAUUGAACGUGUAUCUCAUAGACUACCGCUUCCUGGACACAAUGCUGAUCUUCAUGCUGUUUGGCUGGAGUGCCAUCCCCUUAAUAUAUCUGCUGAGCUUCCUGUUUUCUAAAAGUUCUUCUGCCCAAAACGGGCUUUUGUUGAUAGUCUUGUUUUCAGGCGUUUUGAGUAUGUUCAUUGAUUCCACAUUACAGUCUGAAAUUAAAGCUAUAUCAAAUUUCACCAAAACCUUCAUACUGAGAUCGUUGCUGCUUCUUCCCAACUACAAUAUGGGGAAGUGCUUCAGUAACUAUUUUGUUUUCUACGAAAUGAAAAAGUUGUGCUCCGCAGAACAUCCUCCUGCCGUAUUAAACUGUGAAGAAAGUCACUCGAGGAAAUCUGUUUAUUCUUUGGAAGAUAAAAUGAUUGGACUAUAUGUGGUGAUGAUGAGUACCACGGGCCUUGCUUACCUUCUCUUUGUUAUCUUUUUGGACACAGCUUGGUGGAAAGUAAAAGCACUUCUCUAUCGAUACAUUUACUUUGGUAUCUAUAAGAAGUACCACAAGGAGGAAGUGUCCAAAGAGUUAUCUGGAGAAUGUCAAGAUGAAGAUGUAGAAAAUGAAAGAAAGAGGAUCUUGGGGCAGCCACAGGAGCUGCUGGCUUCCUCAGUGACUAUAAAGGAGCUCAUUAAGAUAUAUUUUAAAUAUCCAGUCAUUCUGGCUGUGAGAAAUAUCUCUGUUGCAAUCCAAAAGGGGGAAUGCUUUGGAUUGCUUGGAUUCAAUGGAGCUGGAAAAACUACUACCUUCAAAAUUUUGACUGGAGAAGAGAUUGCUACCUCUGGGCAUGUGUUCAUUGAUGGCUUUAACAUCACUAACAAUAUCGAAAGGGUGAAGUCAAGAAUUGGCUAUUGUCCUCAGUCAGAUGCCUUGCUGGAAUAUAUGACUGGUCGGGAAACAAUGAUCAUGUUUGCCAGAUUAUGGGGAAUUGUGGAGUCCCAGAUUCAGCUGUAUGUGAGCAAACAGUUGACUGCACUGCAACUGGAGUCCCAUGCUGACAAGAUUAUCAAAACCUACAGUGGAGGAAACAAACGUAGGCUGAGUACUGCUGUUGCCCUGAUGGGAAAACCCACAGUCAUUUUUCUGGAUGAGCCAUCAACUGGCAUGGACCCAGUAGCCCGACAGCUGCUCUGGGAAAAUGUGGCACAAACACGUCGAAGUGGAAAAACCAUUAUUUUCACCUCCCACAGAAUAGAGGAAUGCGAUGCCUUCUGUACCAGACUGGCCAUGAUGGCGAAGGGAAAGUUUGUGUGUCUGGGCAGCCCGCAGUACCUCAAGAACAAGUUUGGCAAUUUUUACAUCCUAAAGGUCAAGUUCCAGAUUGAUACACAAAAGGAUAAAUUAAAUGAUUUUAAAAAUUUCAUCACAAAGACAUUCCCAGGUAGUCAAUUAAAGCAGGAGAACCAAUGGAUCCUUACCUACUACAUUCCCAGCAAGGACAAUAGCUGGUCAAAGGUGUUUGGUACUUUGGAGAAAAUAAAAGAGCAAUUCAACUUGGAAGAUUAUUCUGCCAGUCAGAUAACACUGGAUCAGGUCUUCCUGACCUUUGCUCACCAAGAUAACAUUUGACGUGAUGACCACAAGGAGGUGCCAUGAGAU